AUGACCAGCGCGCUCUUCAUGGGCCCGCUUGGUAAGGGUUCCUGGCAUGAGUGGGAGCGCGACCAUGUUUUCUCCCUUCUUGGUAUGGUCUGGUACAACACAAGCCGCUCAGGGUCGUCGAACGGAAAUUUUCAGCGGUGGAAAAGGGUAGUGGCGGCGCAGUUCCCUAACGCGAAGCCGUGGCUCAUCAAGUUCAUCAGGCCUGCUGAGACGCGUUGGAUGGUGGUUAUGGACGGGGCCAAGCUCCUCUGUGAACGCUGGGAACAGGUCGAGUGGCUUUUUUGCGAGUACGCUGCUAGAAACCUCAACAAGACGACUUUCAGAAACUACUGGGUCCAGUCGGCGUGCAUGCUUCGAGAUCCUUUGGUUCGUGUGCAUGUCAUGUUCACGGCAAGGCUCGGAGAGCUGUUGUUCGACUGGGCGUACAACUGGAUUCAUGGCAAAGGGGGGUUCUUUCUGAAGGGCGAAGGGGUCGGUCGGCGGCUG